UUUUUGAAUCGAAAGUUUUUCAUAGAAGACAGAAAACAAGGACGAAUGACCGUUGAGAAAAGAAAAAUAACGACAAUAAUAAUGAUGGCAAGAAUUACCGCUCACGUUUUAAAUAUGACGGUGUCAAAGCUGUUGUAUAACUUAAGAAACCUGAUUUUCUCGAAGUUUGCGAGUCGAGUACCUUGAAAAAAUCUCAGCCAUUGUAAUCGGGAGAAGGAAUUGUGAAAGGGGUGUACAGGUGUAUUUUUCAUUGGAAAAGAAGACUUGUCAGCCAGCGUUUGAUCGCAUUGAACCGCCUUUCAGAAACUUGGGAGCAUGAAAAACAACAAGGGAAAGAAAAAAGGAACCAAGUAAAUGUUAGAUGCAUAAAUUUUCGAGUAAAUCAGGGUCAAGCGUCUGACCUCUUCGUACCUUUGCAGCGUUACAUAACGGGGACGUUACGUUGCGUUAAUUCCUUGUCGCAAGGUAAUGAAAAAUAACCGAAAAAAAAACAAAAAACAAAAAAAAUCGACGCGGUGUACAACUACGCGGCAACGGGGGUGGUGCGAAUGAAAGGAGGAAGAAUACGAUAAGAUAAGAGCAGAAAUUCUGCCCCGGUAGUGAAAAAAACAGAAGAAGAGGUACGAGGCAAUAUCGAAAGAGUCUGAAGUCGAGAUCUCCUGGGUCCAGGUAUGCCAGAAGACAGAGCAACGAGAUAUUUGGCGAGGGUGGAGGAGACGCGGUGGCGGUACUCCUGGUUUUAUCGACCACGCGCUCAGCCAGUCAGCAAGCUGCCCGGAGUCUGUGCACAACGCAACGAACGAACGAACGAACGAACGAACGAACCGUAGGAGCGAACACAACUCUUCAUGUAUCGCGCGUGAGCGAAUAUAACGCUGGAAGUUGAAACGAUGCGUAUAAGAGAAGAACGACCGACUGGUAUAACUUAACAACCCGUUCGCUCGUGCAGGAGUUGCAGUCUGCGACCGAGACUACGUCGUCUGACUCCGAAUUAACAAGGGAAGGGUUUCGCGACAAAACGAGAGAAAAAGGCGACGGAAAAUAAUCGAUUAUUCGAAAUACGCGUUCGUCGUCGGUAACGAUGAAAAAAUCAUCGCGUACAGGAGAUCCGGAUCGCUGCGUAGAGAGAAUUUUGGGACUUGAAAAACGUUUCUUUGUUUUCUUCUCAUUGAAUAUCGUGACGGUACAAGUUUUGUAAAAAUCCACCAAAGUUUAUACGUAAUUUUUACUUAAUAUAAAGUGUCUUCAUAUGUACUCAAAAACACAUGAACUUAAAUCCUCGUUGUAUGGACUUUGAAAAAAUGAUAAUAAUAAUAAUAACAGUGUCGCCCCACGCACGUGAAUGAUGGGGUAGAAAUAUUUUCCUUUUCUUUUUUUUUCACAUCCCGUUUUUUCAUGCUCUUCGCCCUUAGCGGCGGUACAUACGAGGAGUCUGAAAAGCCCCGCGCAACACAGGAGACAAUAAAGUCUGCGCUACAACCCUUGAAAUAUCAACGGGACAAAGACUUCGUUAAACUCUUGUCGGGGGAAUGCACCAGACAAUAUUGUGGCACACGUAUAUACGCAUGCGACAGAAGCGCGCGUAUGGAAAAGACUGAAAAAAAUUUUUUCUUCAUCCGAUGCAGCAACGCCAACGGCACCGGGAACGGCGGCAGCGGCAGCAGCCCUCGGCAAAAGUCGAUAACACAUAAUCGGAUCUCGGCGCGUCGUCAUAAAUUUUAUAACGCGAGUAACGCGAUACUACGUCUGGAUACGUCUUCGUUUUAAAAAGUCUGAGCUCCGUAAUCGUUGCACCCAUUAAAAUCCGGAUAAAAUAGUACGUCGAUGGGUUCGAAAUCGCAUAAUGGAUAUACAAGCGGUGGCAAAAAAUGAAAAACAAAGACAGUUCAAGCAUCGCGGAAUGUUGACCGAUCUUCGUGGUGGAAUCGAAGAAUCCCGUAGAUUUCUUAACUAGUUUCAGGACCGACCGCUUCGAGUCUACAAACGGAAACUCAAGUCAACGCUUUUAUACGCAUAGGGGACGUACACCCGUACGUUCGUAUACAUACACACCUUAUAAAUGAGUCGAGAUUUCGUGGCGAGGAUCGCCGCUCAGAGGCUACCAAUUAAUAUCACCCUCGGCUCUGCACAAACGGCAGUCGACUUUCGUAAACAAUCCGUGCCUGACGGUUACCAGGUCCGGUAGACCUACUCGACUCUCGAGCGUUUCUAGUCGUCUAAUUAAUCGUCCGCGAAAACCCGUUAGCCGAUUCCGCUUGUCGUGCGACGGGCAUUUUUACACGAGAACGGAGUUAUACUUAUUGAUUUAGCGGCUAAAAUACAACGAACUUUGAAUACUUAAUCGAAAAGGUGUUUAGAAUCGAAGUGUCAGUGCUGUUCGACGAUAACGGUCAAACAUGACUGACGUGAACAUGGAACUUGAAGUACGUCCGUUUUUGAACAACGAGAAUAAAUUUAUUUCAGAACCCCGAGCCGCCAGGCGAAAUUUUGACGGAAGAGGAACAUCCCUCUUCAUAAUAAUGAGCUUUAUCUACGCUAAGCUUCUGGUUGUCGUCUGCAUUGCCUACGUCAUCAGUGAAGUUGUAACGCACAAGUUACCGUUGUACUAUUACGAAGGUUUCUUCACUUACCUCUACGGUGCAAGCAUUCUAUUCCUGCUUUACGUAUUCUGCUUCCUGCUGCAAGAAAGCGCGUGUUGUUCGCGAGGCGCGGACACACCACCGCCGCCUCCCAGGCCCCCGAAACCGCCAAAGGAACCCAAGGAGACAAAGGAUAAAAAGAAAAAAAAGGAAAAAGAGCAGAAGGCAGCUGCCAAGAACAAAAAGGAAUUCCAGGAUGCUGUGGAGGUUGAAGCAGGAGUGUCGAACCGAGCUCUUCGUAAACGUAAAACGUCCCAAAACGACCAUAGCCACGGUAGCUUCUUUCUCCGUAUCGGAGCGAUUGCCUUCGGCUUGGGUACCAUGGUGUACAACGGGUUGGAGUUUGGUGCGUUUUUCGAGGUACCGCCCAGUUCGCCGUGCUACCAAAUACUCCGGGGCAUCAACCCGGUGCUGCAAAUGAUCUUCACCUUCAUGCAGAUGUACUUCAUAUUCAUGAACUCGAGGCUGAACAUCCAUCGAUUCAAGGUAGUCGCUCGAUUUGGUCUUAUGCACGUAGUGGCGACAAACCUCUGCGUUUGGAUUCGUACUCUGGUAUUGGAAAGCCUCAAGGAGAUCACACAGUACCAUCAACGUCUUGGCCAAGAAGAAGCAGGUGUUCUAGAGAGCAUCAAACAACAUUCGCUACGGAACGCGGGUGCCAUUCUGGGUACCGAACCGCGCGACCUGGCUCAGCUGCGCGAGGCUCCGAUCGGUUCCAGAAUUUCAACGACGGCCGCCACCUUGGCAACGACGACCGUUCCACCGAUCGGCAGAACCCUCCGAACCACCGUCAAGGCCAUCGCCAGUGCUCUUACCACCACCGCCGCGACGACGCUGACCCCCUGGACCACUACGACGACCACCACCACCACCACCACCAUGUUACCCCCGACGACGACGUAUCCCCGACCGAUCACGCGUAGCAAAGCUACGACCCUUACGACGCUGUUGACGACACUCGGUCGAAUGACCACCACCACUACUGUACCAACGACCACUGUUAAAACGACGACUGCCGCCACUACGGUACCACUGAUUCCAUUUUUGUCGGAGUACAUGAACGCCCCGCAGAACAAUCCUCCGGUAAAUCAGAUAUUCGACGUCAGUAAUUCGACCAAUGCCAGUACAAGUUGGAUGCCGAGUUUGGGAUUUUAUUACGCCGAGGCUCUGACGGAGGAUGGCACGAUGUCGAAUUCGUGCGGGCGGGUCAACAUAAUGGGAACGAUCGUUCAAGACGCUGCUCCUUAUUUGUUCCCAUUCAUAAUCGAGUACAGUCUGAUAGGUGCAGCCGUGAUUUAUGUAAUGUGGAAGCACAUCGGUUGUUACCCCCGCUGGCCGCUACGCAUCGAAGUCGAUCUCGAGCGUAGAUUAGAAGCGAUGCUCUCGCGUCGCGCGGUCGCUCUUGCCCACGCCGGACACGCUCGAGUCGAUUGCGUUGGUGCGAGCAAAGGUCUUUUCUUCGGGCUACUUUUGUUGGUAGGCUCUCUGAUAUGCCUCAUUCUAUUCUUCGUCCUAAUUCACCACCCGGAAUUCGGUUUACUCGCCAUUUAUCUCGCCGACGUAUCCCACUGCGUGUUAAUGGCGCUGUCGAUAAUCGCGAUAAUCGUCGGUUUCAUUCGGGUUCAAGGCCUCAAAUUCAAAGCUGAGGAGCAAAGUGACCUCAACGACAUUCUGCUUCGCGUAUCGGCCUUUGGACUCUUCGUCUACGCCGUUUUUAGCGUUAUUGCUGGCUCACUGGCCGCUUUUACCCACGAGCCAAAUUUACUCGUAAUGGUUACCGGUCUUCUAUCGGUUGCCCAGGUUGUACUUCAGAUGCUAUUCAUCGCCGACGUGUCCCGCAGGCGCGUUCACCUCCCGGAACACGAUCGCAGCAAACCAGGCCGUCAAGUUGUUACUUUUUUGCUGAUCUGCAACGUGACCAUGUGGGUUAUUUAUACCUUCGAGACUCAAAAGGUUGUAGCGAAUCCCGUCCAGUUGGAUUUCUAUGGAUUUUUAGCAUGGGCGAUCGUCCAGCGCGUUACACUUCCGCUUUGCAUUUUCCAUAGGUUCCAUAGCGCGGUAACGCUCGCCGAAAUAUGGAAGACGAGCUACAAAGCUCGCCUCGAGUAAAGUGAGCGAUUUUCAACGGGGGGAACUUAUGCAAUAUAAUGCUCAACGCGAAACAACGCGCACAAUUACAUUACUGAGCUCAACGGCGCCGUAUACACAUAGGCAUGCCGAGUAUGAAAUAUAAAAUAAAGGCAAUUGACACGUCGAAUGGAAAUGAUAAAUGGAUAAAUAUCGAAGGAAUGCUGAGAGCGAAUAACUUAAAACGAACCGAAUCCAAUGACAUCGUGGUAGCGCAAAUAAUUACCUACUUCUUGCCAAAACCGGCCAUACACGAUGAAACGCAGUCGAUACGCGGCACGAAUCAAGUACUUAUGAUGCCGUAGCCUUGCGUAGGUACUACGAUCACGUUUACAGCUACGCGGAUGCGUAACGUAAAAGAUUGCAGCUAAAUAGUUUGUUCAACUUUUCAUGUGAAUGGAUAAAAGAAAAAAAAAAAAGGGAGGAAAUAUGAAUGAUUAAAUAGGACGACACGGUGCAAUAAAACGAUUGACUAACAACGACCGUAUAGUAUAUUCAUUGUCAAAAAUCAAUUUCGCUGACAAAAACGGAAGCUGAAUGUCUUUUAUCGUUUGUAGAUAAAGGACGAGUUUUAUUCUGUUCGAUCGUCGGAUGUACGAUGUUUCUCAAUGUCACUGUCGAACAAUGAUCAUAGAUUUAAAGGAAUAAAAAACAAAAUACCAAGUCACGUAUGUCGAUAGGACAAAUUUAUGUCUACCAUAUAUAGAUAUCAAAUCGUGAAUCAAAUGAUUUCCAAAUAGUUCGUAAGGCCCGAAUCUCAGCUGUGAAGGUUAUUACAGUGAUAAAAAAUAAUUCUUUGCUGUUUUACAACCUGUAUACGGUUAACACGAAAGGCAAAUGAUAAUUUCUAGACCAUAUCUUUUUUUUAUUUUUUUUUUCUUUCAAUUUUUGCUCUGGCCAAAUACUUAUUCAUCAUGAUUCUAGAGUGUGACAAAAACAUUCGAUUCAGAAACAGACUAUAUGUAAUGAAAACAUUGCCAAAUCUUUACAAAUAAUAUGCCUUUGCAACUGCAAAAAUUUCCAAUUUUAAUACUAUGAAAGAUAUACAGAGAUGUAUAAAUGAAACAAGAAAAAAAUUGAGAAAUGAAAAAUCAAUAUACACCGUUUCGUUUAUACUUUACAUCAACUUCAACGCGACUAUUGUCAAAUUUUCUACUUUUAUACCUGCACUGCAUUACGUGUCGAGGAAAUUUCUAUUGACUCGUAUAUACUUAAUGAGCAGUCCAGCUGCAUUUCGUUAGCUACCUUCAUAUACUGUGAAACAUCUCAUCGUUCAAUAAUCGCCUAUGAUAGUUUAGAACAGAGCUGUUUUUGAAAAAAAAUUGUGUAACAAAAGAAGACUGUAACAAGGGGCAAUGAAAUCAACGAGCGAGAAUACAUUCGUCGUGAACCAGAAUUACGGUCUCAUCGGUUCGAGGCCCCAAUCGGUACACGUAUGUUUGUUUUAUCAAAUAAUUUUUGCAUCCCGGAUGGAGAUUUUCGUUACAAUAUUUUCAAUUCGUACAUCGCGUCUGGCCAUCGCUCUAAUUACACGAUGAAUAAUCUAUCGACAGACAACGAGAGAUUGAAAUACAGAAAUAUUAAAAAUCGUCGUGAAACAAAACGGUUAUAAGCAGCAUGCCUCUUCAUAGCAACGAUCUGAGGAUGAAUAAACUCGGAAUGAAUCGAUGAAAAUCUACGAUUGAAAUGUUUCAUCUUUCAUAAUUGAAAACGCUCGCUUCUGCACCAUAAAAAUAAAAAGGAAGACAGAAAUCUGCGUUUAUUGCGUAUAUAUGUAAAGUACAAAAUUAUUUCUAUUUUAGUAUAUGUUGCGUGACAAACGAAGUCCAAUAUUUUAUUCACUAUAUGUAUGAUAUAAUAAUUACCGAAACGAUCAGAAAUGAAGAAUUAUUAAUACUUAAAAAAAAAAAAAAAAAAAAAACAAGAUGAAAAAAUUCCAAAAAAAAAGCAACAAAGAAUCGUACGAAAUCGAAGAAAGAAUACAGGUGAAAAUAUGGAUACAAUGACGAUCCGAUUGUAUGAGGAGAUAUAAAUUGACGAACGUAAUAAAAUAUAAUAUAGGUAUAUAUAAUAUAAACUUCGAUUAUAUCGUAACAAUGACACGACGUGUAUAGAGCUAUAAAGAAUAUUUUUUUCUUCUGGCGUCAGCUGACACAUAAGUGAUCGAGAAUGUAAAGUCAUUGAAUGGAUGAUUAUACUAUUAUCAUUAUUCACAACCCCUACACGUUAUAUAGCGACAACAGACGAACCGCAGACGCGUAGCUAUAGAGCUAUAGCGACACGUCUAGCUUACCAGAAGAUAUUUCAUUUACAGAAAGGAAGGAAGGAGAACAUAAUAAUCAUUAUUAUGAAGAUAUGAUAUUAAUAAUGAUAAAUUAUUGAUUAAUAUUUAAGACGACUCGAGAAUAAUUCUCUUUUCGAAUCAUCACCUUAGAAUUAAUAAAGAGCAAAUCAUUGAAAAAAGGCAAAAACAAAGAGAGAAAAAAAAAAAUACUCGUUUGAAUACAAAUCGCUUUAGAAACCCCGAUACCUGAUCCCCGCCCCGAUUGAAACCCCUAAAAAGAAUCCCGUAGACCCUCUCGCGAUACUUCCAACCCUUCGAAUUCCCCAAUGAUAUUUAUUAGCGUCGAGUCUACAUAUUUUACGUAAACGAUUGAUAAUGAGAAAUUUGAAGAUGAAAAAAAAAAGAAGAUUAUUACACAAUAAUUAUAUCUACAUGAAUUAUAUGAUAUUAUAUACUAUAUAAAUAUAUGUAUAUAAAAACAUUCAUUUAUAUAUAUUAUAGUGAUACAUGAACCUGAAUUAAUAUUUACAUGUGUACAUGUGUACCCGAGAUGACAUUAUACAUACAUAUAUAAAAUAAUAAUGAUACUACAUAUAAUAUAUACGGGGUAUUACACGUCAGAUCGACCCGACCAAAAACCUGACCCUCUCAGAAUCGAUUUCAAUCGAUUCGUUGGUGUUUUCGUUGACGAUUUGCAGUAUCGGGACUCUUUUUAUCCAAACUUAUUCCGGAAACAGCAGCUAAUUGAAUUUAGCAACUUCGUGCGUGAAGUCAUAAUAUGCGGCCUGUGACUGCUGAAUAACAAAAUAUUUGGAGUUUUCGAAAACCCAACAUAUGUAUUUAUCGCUCCGAGUAUGGACCAAGGCACAUAUACGAGAAAGCAAACGAUAGAUUUUCGUGAAUUCCAAAAAACUGAGUUAGAAAAUCGUUGUCUUAGCCGUCACGGACAGCCAUCUCUUCUGCUCAUGCCUUUGAAGUUUACAUAGAAUUAAAACUUGUUGAAAUCAAACUUAAUUUGUACCUGAACAAUAGUUUUUAGGUUUUACGUAACGGAAACUGAUCGUGCAGCAUUGUCGAUCUGCUUACUGCAGAAUAUUUUUGAAUGAAAAUCUACAAAAAAUGGAAAAAAAACACUGAUACUGACUAAAAGAACAAUCGGAAAGUUUUCACUAAAUCUGAGACGGCCAGGGUUUCGGCCAGGUCGAUUCCACGUGCUCGGCACUUACCCAUGUAUAUCGGGCAUUCCACGUCAAAAUGAAGAUGUUUAAACUUACUAGUAGCCAGUUGCAUUCAAUUUCUUUUUAAACAUAGUUUUUCCAAACCAGAAACCACACCCAAAAGUAUUUUUGAUCGGUAGCUCUCAUCUUUGAAUUCCAAAAGCUACGAUAUAUAAACAAGAUCCAUGACGACGAAAACACAUUUUGAAAAUUUCCUAUUCCAUCAUCAAAUUGCGAUUAUUCGUUCCCGAGAUAUGAUUGAAAACGUGAUGGGAAAGAAGCUCGAGAUUUCAUGUUCCAGCGGGCCAUAUGAUCUUGUUCGUAUUCCUACCACUCAGCGGCGUACCGCCUCGCUAAUUUUCCCGCAAUGUAGAAUAAUUUAAAUUUCAUUGGAGGUGGGCACAGGGUACGUAUAUCGGUAGCGAGCUCCGGUUCACCCAUGAAACGGGUGAUAUGUAUUCUAUUUUCCAAGAUCCUAUUUUGGCUCGUACAUCAGGCAUUCUGGAUGCCGGCACGUCCAGGGAUUUUAAUAUAAAUUAUGGCGUUUUAAUAGAUGAUUCUGAAAUACCUCGAGUAGUCGAACGAAUUUCAUCAAGUUCAAAAAUAUUAUUCAUUUCUCUGUAAGAGAGAGAAAGAGAGAUUUGAGAGAACGAGCUCUGAUUGAAAAAUGCUUCACAACGUGGGUUCUGAUUUGGAAAAACUAUGUUUAAACAAAUUUUUAAGGCAAUUAAAGACAAGUAAGUUAAAACGUCUUCAUUUUUACGCGAAAUGCUCCAUAUAUACACACAUAUACAUAAAUUUCAAGCGUAAGAUUGAUACAUUUCGAAUGUGGUGUAAAUAUCAGUAAAUUAUUCAGCAGAGUGUUUGUGAAGCGGGAGGCUAUAAUUUCCUAUUAAUACAUUUUUUUAAUACACCUGAUUCAUUCUAUACGUUAUCAUUACGUCAUUAUUUAUUGAUCUUUAUUGAUAAUUACAUUAUAAAGGAUUAUUACAUUAUACAAUUAUCACGAACAUUAACUGCACUGAAAAUAUAAAAUCGAUAAGAACAAAACGAGUAAAGAGUUAAAAGAAACAAACGAAAAGCCAAAUUAUUUGAAGAGACAACGUACUACGUACACAAUACAUGCAUUCACAGUAUAAGUAUGUAUAAUAACAUACAUCAGUUCUUAAUAAUCAUACAAUAUUUUAUAAUCGGCAAAGUGCUAAAAUGUACCUAUAACGUUGAACCAUAUUGAACUGUAAUCGUGUUUAUAUGAUUAUCCAUGUCCAAUUAUACCGAUAGUAGUUUUUGUCGAGAAUCAUUCACCCACAUUCGUUUUCUGUAUCAUUGUCAUCAAAAAUCGAUUAACACAACCAUCGUGUCUGAAACAUGUGAUGAACACUGCGACGCGUUGGUCCCAUUUAUUCAAGUUUGCCAAAAAUAAAAAAUAGCUUUUCAUGGACAUUUAAAAUAUAAAUUUAUAAAUAAUUAUACACUAUACAUAAUUUCCUCUCGUUUACCGCGACAAUGUUUCGCCGAUACUCUGCACUAGAUAUUGAAUAUGUCUGAAUUGAAAAAAAAAAAAAGAAGAAACAAAUUGAAAAAGUAAAAAAAAAAACGAAUAGUCCACACGGACCGACAUAUAAUAAUCUUUAAACGAAAUUACUCAUUACGGUUAGAAUAGAAGACAAGGCACUGCCAUACCGGACCAACCAAUGCAAAACCAGAAAUCAGAUAGUGAAAAAGAAAAAAGCAAAGACAAAGAAAAAGUUGUUCUUUGCGAGCAAACCCCAAGCCCUCCAUUUGAAAACGAAUGAUCCACACAAUGACGAUUAUACAAAUCCCAUACCAUGUAAUGUUGUGGUAAGGUUUAUAAAUGACAUUGAGAAAAAAAAAGAAUAUUAUUAAUAAUAUUAAUGAAUAAUUCAUAUGAAUUUUACCGUACGUAUGUUAUUUUUUUCAGGCAACGCAGUGUUUGUACAUUGCCUCUAUCGUUAAAUGAUGAGAAAAAAAAAAUUAUUCAAUAAAUAAAACUCUUGUAUAUGUACUACUAGCUUUACGGUAGCCGUAAGCCUAACCAUUUCAGUCAUGGAUUUGAAAUUAUUGGAUAUCCAAUGUGGUGUAAUAACGAAUUAAUUGAAAGGGAUUAAAGUUUGUGGGGAAUGUAGUAGAAAAGAUAAUUAUACUCGAUCGUUGUAUACAAUUCUACAUCGCGGGUUUGAGUAUCCUUUGGAAAUAAAUCCAUGACGAUAUCUAUGAUCCAUGAUUGUAGUAGGUGCGUUUUUGAUGUCCUUGAAAUAAUUAAAGUUUGUAUACACACUUGCACAAAUCACACACACCCCACGAUUAUACAAAACACGAUUGAUAAAAGUGAAUAAAUAAGUACAUGUUGUCAAGUAACCAGUUCAUAAGUCAGUAGUGAUAAAUUUAAAAGAGAAAAGAGAAAAAAAAAGGAAGAACACUUAUCUACAUAAAGUUAACACAUUUCAUUGUAUCCGUUGGUAAUUCACAUAACGUUGUCGCAUCCAUAAGGUUUGUAACGAUGACUGUAUUGGUUAAUAAAAGUUAUCUAGAUGUACAUA